AUGUCAAUCUAUCCGGUGGAUGCGCCAGGAGGCUAUAUGCCUAUAGGGAUGAUAAUGCCCAGUGUAGACAUUUUUGGGACUAAAUCUGGCUUCACCAAAGAACAGCCUUGGAUUUUCCAGGACAUGGAUACCGUUGGGUUUUACGAAGUUACCGGAGAAGAGUACGAUGCUGAGAUGAUGCGGUUCAAAUCAGGAAGCUACAAGUACAAGAUGGAGGCGAGCACCUUCGACUUGGCAGAACACAACGAACUGUUGAAGAGCACUGCUAAAGAAGUAUCUUCACUAUUGAGAAUCUGCGGGAAACUUCAAGACGAGAUGGCGAUCAAGGAGAAGAAGAUUCUGCAAGAGUGGCUAGAAAGCAAAGCCGCAACCAAUGUAGCCCAAGACGACAUAAACACUGACGAUCCCAACACCCACAUCGUCGAGUCUCCCGUAAACGCCAACAUCUGGAAAGUUCUUGUAAAGGACGGAGAUUUCAUACGCGCCGGACAGAAGCUGGCGAUCCUUGAGGCUAUGAAGAUGGAGAUUGAUAUCUGCCUAGAUGCUCACAUAGAAAAGGCUACCAUACAGAAAGUGUUGACUCAACCCAGCGUUACGGUAGCUAGUGGGAGACCUUUGUUUGUUGUUUCAAAGUUUUAA